CGUAGGAAAGGACGGCCAUCUUUGAUGAGGGCACAGCUCCCAUUCCAUUGAAGAAGGAGACUUGGGGAGGUCAGGAGCGACUGUGCUUACCUCCCAGCUGCGGCAGCGACCCACAGCCUCGGAACCCGCAGCAGUGGCAGCCUCACUGAACUCUGCGGCAGCCCAGGCUCACAGACAAAACAAACAGAAAACCUCGAUCCAAAGACUCCACUAACACAUCCACAGCUAAAAUGGCCGAAGAUGCUGAUAUGCGCAAUGAGUUGGAAGAAAUGCAACGGCGUGCCGACCAGCUGGCUGAUGAGUCACUGGAAAGCACCCGCCGUAUGCUGCAACUUGUUGAAGAGAGUAAAGAUGCUGGUAUCAGGACUUUGGUUAUGUUGGAUGAGCAAGGAGAACAACUGGAACGCAUCGAAGAGGGAAUGGACCAAAUCAAUAAGGACAUGAAAGAAGCAGAAAAGAAUUUGACGGACCUAGGAAAAUUCUGUGGUCUUUGUGUCUGUCCAUGUAACAAGCUUAAAUCAAGUGAGGCUUACAAAAAAGCCUGGGGCAAUAAUCAGGAUGGGGUGGUAGCCAGCCAGCCCGCCCGUGUUGUGGAUGAACGGGAGCAGAUGGCCAUCAGCGGCGGCUUUAUCCGCAGGGUAACAAAUGAUGCCAGAGAAAAUGAAAUGGAUGAAAACCUUGAGCAGGUCAGCGGCAUCAUUGGAAACCUCCGUCAUAUGGCCCUGGAUAUGGGCAAUGAGAUUGACACACAGAACCGCCAAAUUGACAGGAUCAUGGAGAAGGCUGAUUCCAACAAAACCAGGAUCGAUGAUGCCAACCAACGUGCAACAAAGAUGCUGGGUAGCGGUUAAAUGCAAUGAGAUGCAUUUCCUUAUUAAUGCUGUCUUCACGGGCAGUACAUUCAUGCUUUUAUCAUGGUAUUUACCUACUAGGUUUGCACACAUGCACAUAUCAGCCCCCAUUGUAAAUGUUGUCCUAUGUAGUUUGUCAGCUUUCCAAAAAUGAUACUUGUAAUUAUUUUUUUCUAGAUAUCUUUCUUUCCAAAGGUUGUACAUAGUGCUGAUUUGAUGGCUAUAGCUCACUCCUAUGUUUUUUGGUUUGUUUGUGUUUUGUUUUUUUUCUUGUUUCUUUCAGUUUGGGGUUUCUUUUCUUUUUUUAAUUUUAUGAUGUUUGCUGAAUGACAACAAUGUUGGAAUGCUAAACGUGCUGUUAACCUUUAAAUAUACAGUAUUGUUCUUGUAAAACUGUGACAUUCCACAGAGCUACUGCCAUGCUCCUGUCUUUGGAUAUCAUGAUGUUUAAGCACUUAAAACCUGCUGUCUUUGGUUCUUCAUUGCCAUUACCUGUUGUUAUGAUUUCAUGAUUAGACAAUGUGGAAUUAUAUAACUAUAACAAGCAUUGCACUAAAAAAAAGUGAUGUGAGUUCUGCAUUUAUGCAUGAGGAAUUAAUAGACUUUUAGACUUCUACUUAAACAAGACCUUUCCCAUGGCAGUAGCACAUCAACGAUGACAACAAAAGCAUGCUCAGUAUUGGGACUCUGUCGGGACUAUGUUAUACCAGCAAUUUUGCAGUAGUGCCACUUUUUUCUUGUUGAUAUAUGUAUAGUUAUUCACCAUGAUCAUUUUUUUAAUUAUGAAAAAAGAAGAUGGAUUUGGCACUCACUAUUUAACCAUUGCCAGCAAAAUAAACGUUUGGCUGAAAAUAUGUCAAAGACAAAAAAGAAAUAAGUGUAAUAUACUGGGUUUGUCUGCUGCUUUUAAAGACUAUCUUUUGGAGGAAACGACUACCAUAUGAAAUGGUACAAAGAAAUGUAAUUUUUAUAAGCUCUAUCAUACUAGUCGCUGUCCCCACGUGGUUUGUUAUUAGUACAGUUCUUUGUUGCUUACCUAGAGCUAUGCACACCAAAUCGCUGAGAUGUUUAGUAGCUGACUUAAUUAAAAAUAAUAAAAAAUAACCUAAAUGAAUGAAAUCUAGAUAAACUGUGAGAGAAAUAUCAUUACAGCAUGUAAUAUGAAAUUCCUUAUGUCUCCUGUCAGUUUGUGAAGUGAUUGACAUUUUGUAGCUAGUUUAAAAAUUAUUAAAAAGUGUAGAUCUCAGA